UUUACUCCUCUUCCCUAAACUAGUGCCCACUUUGGCGCUUGUUUCAUUGUGUUCCAACUUUCCCUCCACGCCAAACCACAGCCGUCACACGCCCCCCCUCCCUCCUUCUCUCUCUCUCCAAACCAAACCCUGAAAACAGUAAGCAAACCCCAAAAUACAUGUUAUCUAUUUCAAGAAUGAAAUCACUUCUCUCUCCAACUCUCUCAACCUAUGCUCCAAAGUUCUCCAAAACCCCACCUUUGUCUCCCUAUUUUCAAAACGCUGCUCAGUCCAUUCGAUGGAAUUUUCGGGCCUCCAAAACCCUUAAUUUUCUUCAUAUAAAACCUGUAAUGUCUUCGCUCAAUUCCUCCGCUUCCUCAAACCCCACUGGAGGUCGCACUCUACAAACGGAAGCGUCUCAGUCACGUUCCGGCGAAAUUCACGUGAUCGUUGGCCCCAUGUUUGCCGGCAAAACCACCACUCUCCUCCGCCGGGUCAAAUCCGAGUGUACUGCUGGCAGAAGUGUAGCAAUAAUAAAAUCAAACAAGGAUACAAGAUAUGGAUUGGAUUCCAUUGUGACGCAUGAUGGAGUCAAAUUUCCAUGUUGGCCGUUGUCAGAUUUGUCAUCUUUCAGACAAAAGUUUGGUCCUGAUGCUUAUGAUAAGCUAGAUGUGAUUGGUAUUGAUGAAGCUCAAUUCUUUGAUGACUUGUAUGAUUUCUGCCGUAAAGCUGCUGACCAUGAUGGCAAAACUGUUAUAGUUGCUGGACUUGAUGGUGACUAUUUGAGAAGGAGCUUUGGUUCUGUACUUGAUAUCAUUCCGCUUGCUGAUUCAGUAAAUAAGUUGACUGCUCGAUGUGAGCUAUGUGGAAAGCGUGCUUUUUUUACCUUAAGGAAGACGGAGCAGACACAGACAGAACUGAUCGGUGGAGCUGAUGUAUACAUGCCUGUUUGUCGGAAGCACUAUGUUGGUGGACAGGUUGUCGCAGAGGCUGCAAGAAUUGUCUUAGAAUCUCAGAAGGUUCAGUGUGGUUAAUAUCGGUGGCUUCACCUAUCUUGUUCUUCUGAUAUCUGGCUCUUCCUAACACAAUCCAGUUGAUAUUGCAUCUUGGCUUUGAGUUCUGUUCAAGAUGUUGAUACUGGAUUUUGGCUGGUUUAAGAAUUUUAAUUUUUCUCUUCCCCUAUUUAACCAUGUACAAUUAUUUAUACAUUUUGGGAAGAAAAAAAAUUGACGUAAAAGUAAAAUUUUAAAACAUUUGUGGUUUAACACUGAUCUGGAUAGACUAAAAAGGAUGAGCACAAUCAGUAAAUCAGACUCUCUAUGUUGGGCAUUUUAUCUGUUUACAUUAGCAUGGUUCUAUUGUAUCUGUUUGUACUGGGUACUUCCAGGAGAAAAAAUCAAUGGUAUUCUUGCCCCCGUGUUGCUGUUGUUUAUUCAUA